AAAGUGUAAAUAAUUGGAAUUUAUAAAGAUGUGUGUAAAUAUUACGUUUUUGGGUCUCUCUUGAAAGCUCUCGUUUUCAAUUCAAAGGGUCUCUCUUCUCUUCUCUAACCUUGGGAAAAAAAGAGGCAACUGUUUUCUUCUGUAAAAAGAUCAAAUCUUUAAUGGCUUCCAUUAAUGGAGGAGAAUCUUACUUAACCAUAGGCUCCGAUGUCGAGGUCGGAACCCCAGAUGGCGGCUUCAUUCCGGCAACAAUCAUCGGCAGGGGAUCAUACCCCACCAGUUUUUUUGUCAAAUACAAAACCCUAAAGUCCUUGAGGAGAGAGUUUGAUGUGUCUCUGAUAAGGCCAUCGCCCCCCAAAGAGAUCGAAUUUAGGGAAUUUAAGUUGGAUCAAGAAGUCGAUGCUUACUAUAAUGGUAAGUGGUGGGAGGGAUUGAUCACCAAUGUCUCUAAAGAUUGUUUGAAUUUCGCUGUUUCCUUGUACGAGAACGAUGAGAUCGAGGUCCAAUAUUGUAAUUUGAGACCUCAUCGUGAUUGGGUUGAUGAUCAUUGGGUUCCUCCUCUUGUUCAGACCCCUGUGUCAGAUUCUAAUGGUGCAAAAACAAUGGAGGAAUUUGAGGUAGGAUCUCUAGUCGAGAUCAGGAACGAGGAAGAGGGACUAGAAGGUUCAUGGUAUACAGCUAGUAUUAUCAGAAUUAUGGAGAAUGACAAGUACUAUAUUCAGUACAAGACUAUAAAGACAGAGACUGGUGAGAAGUAUUUGUGUGAGGAGGCUGAGAGAAGAAACAUAAGACCAGUUCCUCCCGAAAUUAUUAUGGCUGAUUCUUUUAGCCUAAAUGAAGAAGUUGAUGCCUAUUAUAAUGAUGGUUGGUGGGAAGGUGCUAUAUCAAAAGUAUUGUCAAGAGGAAGGUACAAGGUUUACUUUGAGAAUUCAUGUGAAGAAAUUGUUUUCGAGCAUGAGGAUUUGAGACCGCGUCAAAAUUGGAUCAAUCGUACUUGGGUUUCGGCUUCUAAUUAAGUAAAAAUGUGAAAGACAUGUGAAGAGCUUUGGCAGAGUAGGAAAUAGAAAAUUUUCUUUUGAAAUUCAGAAAUUGUUUAUGGGAGCUGUGCAGUGACCUUCCUCCAUUGAAUUAUGAUUAGAUAUAGUUAUAUCAAUACUUAGUUUAACAGUUUCAUAGAUCAGUGGCAUUUUGCAGAAGUCAAGACCAAUUUAUUUUGUGAAGAUUGUUAUGUUAGGUCUGUUUUAGAUAUUAAUAUAUUUACCUGUAAUUAUAAUGUUUAUUACUAUUAAACACAUUACAAGCAUUUUCAUAUUAAUCAACACCUUCAAAUG